AUGCUCCCAACAAAGCGACGGCGACUCGACGCCCAAUUCUCCGACAUGGAAGUCGUCUCUCCUCCCCCUCCUGCAUAUGCCAUGAACCCCGAAUGGCGACACGCCCCAGUCUACACCCCUUCCGAUACCACCGAGCACCAAGCCUUUGCAUCUCCGCUAGCUAGCUGGACCGAUGGCUUCUCGCACGAUCCGGGAUUUCUCGCCUCGCAGGAAGAGCUACGUUGUAUGCUCUUUACAAUCGCACAGUCUGCUGCGCCGACUCGAGCGGGUAGCCCGGUUGAUCCUGAGCAGGGCCGAGAUGUCGAGGAACCGUCGCGAAGAGAGCGCGCGGCCAUGCGACCGGCCUUAUCAAAUUCCCGGCGGAUUCAAUACUUGAAGAAUUAUGUUGGACAGGUAGCUCCUUGGCUCGACAUGUUCGACUCGCAAUGCACAUUUCGCGUCCAGAUCCCAGCUCUCGCUCGUACAUUUCCCGCCCUCCUCAAUGCCAUCUUAGCGAUAUCGGCCCGGCAGAUGGAACGGAAGACAGGCAUUCAGGAUUCCUUCGACAGCAUCGAGUUAUACCAGGAAGCAAUUCGUCUACUGAGCCCGUUACUGGAGAAUCCGGAUCCAAAGGUCGUCGCUGCAUGUGUUCUUCUCUGUUGCUUGGAAAUGAUGUCCGCCCGCGCCCAGGAUUGGCGCCGUCAUUUAGAGGGCUGUACGGCUCUGUUCGAUGCCUUUGGAAUCAAUGGCUUCAGUAGCGGACUGCUCCAGGCUAUUUUUUGGUGCUACGUGCGAAUGGAUCUAUGCGGUGCGCUCAUUUCAGACGGCACGCAGAGCACGCUCUUACGGCCCAGCAAGUGGUUAGCACCCGAUUGCCAUGAGGAUGACGCCGCUCAGUUAUUCCAGGCGGCCCAGUCCCCCGACAUGCACGCAAACUACGCCGUGUAUCUGUGCGCAAAGACGUGCGAAUUGGUUUCCGACCGGACCCAGUUUAUUGAGUUGGGCGUGCAGAACGAUUGCACAGGCGAGACCUUCAACCGUCGCUGGCUGCGACUGUGGGAAGAUCUGCAGCAAUGGGUAGAGAAUAGACCACCAGAGCUUUUGCCGGUCCAAACGACCCAGACAAAGCCAUUCCCACAUAUACUCUUUCUGCAUUGGGCCGCCAUUUCGUCGAAUCAGCUCUAUCACACUGCUUGCAUCCUCCUUUUGAACAGCAUGUCCAAGGCCAUUAAACUGCGCCCUGCCGCCACUGUUUCACCCCUGUGGCACGCGCGCCGGAUCUGCGGCAUAUCACUUGCAAAUCCACAUCAGGGAUGUUUGAACAAUGCCAUCCAGCCCCUCUGGAUCGCUGGUCGCCUGUUCAGCCAUGUUUCGGAACAUGGAAUUAUCAUCGAUAUUAUUCGCAAGAUCGAGGCCGAGACUGGAUGGGGUGCAUGUUGGCGGAUUCGAGAUCUCGAGUUGGCUUGGGGAUACCAAGUGUCCCGGCGUGAGAGAAUGGCAGCGCAACAGCAGUCACCGGUCGCAAUUGGCUGA